AGCAAGGGGAAAGUUAUGCAAUGCCAUGCAUAAAAACCUCCACCUUCCAAAGGAGGCUGAUCCCUGAACACGCACAUGAUUUGGCUGCUCGCCUCAGGGAGAUUGAAGAGUUCAGACCUGCCAGACAAACAAGUAAGUUUUCUCUCUUUUGGUCGUGAUCAUCUCAUCUGCGCUGCGCUACCUCCUUAAUUGAGUGGGAGGGCGCUUGGUGGGAAUCAUUUAACCCUUGGAGGAUCUUGGGCUACAUACCACCCCACCCACCCCCAAAAAGUUCUAGUACAAAAGAACUGGUGUUGAACGAAUUGGGACAUGAAGGCAUGUAAUGUGAUCCUUCGGCAUUACUAAAGGAAAAAAAAUCUGUUUUUUAGUAGGCUAAGAACUGCUGCAAAGUUUCUCAGCUUGAUUUUCCCCAGAUUUGUCUUUCAGUUUCUCAUUCUGACAACUGCAGUGUUAGUUAAUAAUAAAUAGGGGGGUGGGGAGGUUGGAUUAGAGUUGAACCACUAAAAGCAAGGGACUUGAGUCUAAAUGAAAUCUUUUUGAUUCUAAUGGGUAGGGUUUAAGUAUUUAUUACUAUUUGUAACUUGCCUUUCUAUCCAUAACUGAAACUUGCCUGGGUUUCAUGAAGGAAAUAGAGUAGUGCUCUGGGCGCCAUUCCAGGUGUGGUGGCUUCUUCUGAAGGCUUUGAUAGUUGGUCCUUACAUACCUCAGAAAAUCGUGUUUCCCAGAUCAAGUUGCUGACUCCCCAUAUAAACAUGUUUUCAGGAGCUAAGUUCCACCUGUAGCUAUAUCUGUAAUCUGAGGAGAAGUUGGAGAUGCCAAGAAAAAAGAGGACUUCUUGGUUGUGGUUUAUCAUUUAUCCUUCUUGGAAAAGUUUGCCUGAUGCCAACAGUGCCAUCUUUUGGCAGAAGUUAAGAUGUUCUUUAAAAUCUCUCUCUCUCUCCUGGGUUUUAACAAUGCAUAAGGAUGUAUACAUCCUCUGCCUAUGGAAGUUCCAUUAAGCUAUUCCUACUGAUAGCCAAUAUUAGACCUUAUCUCCUGCAUGGAUUUACCUCAUCUUGUGAAAGGGAGUUGUUCUGGAAAACAAUCGAAACUUGCCAAGUUUACCCGAAAUAGGAUAUGGUUCAUGUUUGUCCCCUUGGCAAUCAGAUAUGAAGUCAUUUUAAAAAGUGAAAUCAGAGACUCAUAGAAUGUAGAGAUCAAUGGGCCCUGGAGGUUAUAUGGGAGGGCUGGGGGGUGAGGACAGAAUGACGUAAACAGCAUCGUGCCAUUGUGAGGUUCCCCUGGCCCCUUUCAUAUCUAUCUAUCUAUCUAUCUAUCUAUCUAUCUAUCUAUCUAUCUAUCUAUCUAUCUUAUUAAUUAAAUUUAUAUGGCUGCCCAUCUCACUGGAAGUGACUCUGGGUGGCAUACAAUAAUCAAAUAAAACAAUGCAUAUAUAAAAACAAUUAUAUAAAAAUAUUAAAAAUCCCUAUUAAAAAGUAAAUACUAUUAAAAUUAAAAUAUACACACCCCAGGCAUGGAGAGAGUGAGUCUAUCCACCUCAGUAGUGGAGCCAUCUAAGCAUGUCUUUGGUUCCCUGGGACCCCCAGGCCUUGAGGGUGAUAUAACCAGGUCUUGAGGGUCUUCCAGAACAUCAAGAAGGAUGGUGCCAACCUUUGUAUGGACAUAGCAACAUCAUACAUGCCUAUAAAAGGGACGGAACUUGUGGUGCAAAAAUGUGAUGCUCCUUUUGUCAUUUCAACAAAAAUAGCAAGAUCUUGCAGACAACCACAGAAGUUAUCCAGACCAUUGUCCUCUGUCCACUGAAAGAUUUCCAGAGCAGGAGAUUCCUUUGACAUACAGCUGCCCACCACCAAGGUCCUUCUGUGGGACUUUUCCAGGUUUUGGAGCAGCCAGAGAAUUAUAGAAUCAUAGAGGUGGAAAGGACCACAAAGAUUAUCAGGUCCAACCCUCAAAGCUUCUGAGUGAUGGACAGAUGAGUAAUGGAAAAUAACAACAGCAAUAGAACCUUCUAACAUCUCCAAGAAGCUCUGAAACACCAUCAAGAAAAAUCUGAAGGAGUUUCCCAAGAAAUAAGUCUAGAAGAUCAACUCCAUGGAUGGAAAAAUGGCCGCACAGCAAGCAAAAGAAAACCCAUUUGCCUUGGAUAAAACCCUUGGAUCACAUCCUACGAAGGCUACGUCUCUCUCUAUUUCAAAGCUAAAGAUAUUUCUUGGAGCUCUGGCAUUUUCUUUUUUUGCCAAAGCUUUCUCAGGAAGCUACAUGAAGAGCAUGAUGACUCAGAUUGAGCGGAGAUUCGAGAUCUCAUCGUCUGUGGUUGGCUUGAUUGAUGGGAGCUUUGAGAUAGGAAACUUAUUGGUGAUGGUUCUGGUGAGUUAUCUUGGACCAAAAGUUCACCGUCCAAAGGUGAUUGCAGCAGGUUGUCUGAUCAUGAGCUUUGGAUCCUUUGUAUCGAUGAUGCCACACUUCAUCAUGGGACAUUACAAUUACAAAAGUAUUGCAGUUUCCUUGGCCAAUUCAUCUGCAAGCGUUUCAGCCUGUGCGUCAGCAUCUCCCCAUCACUACGCUCUUGCCGAAAGUUCCCGAAACACAACUGCUGUUGAAUGUGAAAAAAUGACAAGUUCCUACCUAUGGGUCUUUGUGCUUGCUGGGAACCUUCUACGUGGAAUUGGGGAAGCACCUAUCAUGCCCUUGGGAAUGUCUUACAUCGAUGAUUUUGCCACAGAAGAAAACUCUGCCUUUUACAUAGGAACUGUACGGUCAUCAGGGAUGUUUGGACCAACUCUUGGCUUCCUGCUUGGAGCUUUUUGUGCUAAUCUGUGGGUUGACAUCGGAGCGGUAGAUACUGAUACACUGACCAUCAAUUCCAAGGACACACGGUGGGUCGGCGCAUGGUGGCUUGGGAUGUUGAUCUGCGGAACAACCAGUUUUAUGUCAUCUCUCCCUUUCUGGUUCCUGCCUCACUCUUUGCCGCAAGAAGGAGAACAAGUGGUUAAGUCAAAUGAAGUUGAUGGAAUCCCUCAAGACAGCCAGAGCAAAAUGGAAGCCCACAAACCCCCACGGCUGAAGGUUUCAGAAGUGGCAAAAGAUUUCUUUCCUACUUUGAAAAAGCUAUUGGGAAAUUCCAUCUUCCUCACCUAUUUGCUCCUCACAAUCCUCCAGUACAAUUCUCUGGUUGGCAUGGUAACCUUUGAAUCGAAGUUUAUGGAGCAGCAGUUCAACAUAUCUGUUUCAAGAGCCAUCUUUCUUAUUGGUGUGAUCAUUUUACCUAUUACCAUUGUGGGGAUGUUCUUGGGAGGUUUUCUCAUCAAGAGGUUCAAACUGCACAUUGCAGGCAUGGCGAAGUUUGCCUGUAUCACCUUUGUGACAGCCUUCCUGUUAAAUCUCUUUUACUUUGGUGUCAGUUGCCAAGUGCUUCAAGUGGCCGGUUUGACUGUCAACUACUCUGGCAUAAAAGAAGCAUCCUUCUCCAGAGGGAAGAUGUUGCCUGCCUGCAACUCUGACUGUGGCUGUGAAGAGAACCACUGGGAUCCAGUCUGUGGAGGCAAUGGUAUCACCUACAUGAACCCAUGUUUAGCUGGCUGCAAAGCUUCCGUGGGAAGUGGAAAGGAUUUGGUAUUUCAAAACUGCAGUUGUGUAGGAGUUUCGGGAAGUGGUAAUUUUUCUGCAGUUUUGGGUCAAUGUCCGAGGGAUAACUGUACAAAAGAAUUCCCUUACUUUUUAGUGUUGUUGUCCAUCCUUGCAUUUAUCUUAUCUUUGGGAGGAACACCGACAUAUAUGAUUAUGUUUAGAUCAGUUUCACCAGAUCUGAAAUCUUUUGCUGUUGGCAUUGAAGCUUUAUGUGGAAGGAUACUUGGAGGACUUCCGGCACCAAUUUACUUUGGAGCGUUGAUUGAUCAGACCUGCUUGAAAUGGGGUGUGAAAAUCUGUGGUGGAUCUGGGGCUUGCAGGGUAUAUAAUACCGAAGCAUUCAGGAAUGUCUACCUUGGGGUCAUUACUGCACUAAGAUUUGGAAGCUGCCUUCUUUAUAUCAUCCUUUGCAUUUUAAUCAUGAAGCGUUGCAGGCAAGGCAAUCAAAUGACGAAGGCAACCAAAAAUGCAGAAAUCCCUGACAUUAAGUUGUCCAAUAUCAGUCCAAAGACAGAAGUGUCCUGUUGCCAAGAGAUGCAAGUCACUGGAGACAAUCCCUUGUGAAAAGGUCAAGGAAUAUGAUCGUGGAUGCUCAUGCACACAGGGCUGCAAAUUGUGGACUCAUCACAAGUAAACUGUGCAGCUCCUAACUAUACUACUCCUUGACCAAGCCAAAGCUCUUCCAGUCACUGGGGCUAGACAUUGACAUUAGUAUCAACCGCUGGUUCAAAAAGAAGCAAUCUGGAACCCAGUCUAAGUUCAAGAAAGUCUUGGAUCCUGAGCAAGGUAUUUGGGGAACUCUCACUAAUGGCCCAACUGCGAUUGUGGAAUAACUCCUGGAUGAAUAUGUGGUAGUCUCAGGAGUUCCUAAAUACUGGUGCCUGUUAAACUAUGCAGUGCCAUGUCAAGCCUGGCACAAGGUCAUGGAAGUUGGAAAAGGAAGAUCUGGUUUUGGGACACAAAAUGAGAACUAUGUGUUGUGUCAUACUGAAAAAACAGAGGAGAUACUUUUGUUGAUUUAAACAACUCCUCCUCCUACUCCUCUCCAAUGCUCUGUUGUCAAGAAACUCUUCUCUUUACUUCUGCAUAAUUUUCUUCCCUUCUGGUUUGGGAUCUCUCUACACAACGUUUACACAAAUAAGGUUCUUUUGCUAAUUUAGUUUCUCAGAACAAGCAUCUUGCAAACUGAUGACUAUUGCAGUGUGGAGAUGGUCAAAGUGUGUGGUUAAUAAGUUGCAAAGGUGCCACAACAGCACUUGACACUAAGAGCCAUGCAUUUCUCUCAAGAGAUGAUGACUGCCACACACAGCAGAUAUCCCUGAGUAACUGAACUCUGGUUUCCUCAAUUAAGCCAAUAUUCUGGGUUAGCUUGACUGAACCAUAAGCUAAACUUUCCACAUUGGCCAGAUUCAUACAACAAAAUAAGCCAUAAACUAACCAAACACAUUUUAGAUUAGAGCACUGUGUAAAUACAGUCCUGAAAAGGUGCCUUCUGAUGCUUUGGGUUUUUACGCCAUCAUUGUUUAGCUGUCUGAUGAGUUUGCAGCCCUGUUUUCACCUUUUUCAAUGAGUAAGUUGGAGAGACUUCAGGUGUGUUUACACAGCACAUUUAUCCAUGGUUUACAAACCAGUUUAAUUCCAGGCUGCUGUACAGAAAUGAAUGUGUAAAUUAUAAACUAUCCUCCUAUCCUGGUUUCACACAAUAGUUUGUGGUUCAUAUGAACACUGCCAUAGAUAGAAGAAAGAUUUGGGGAAACUGUUUGUACCAGAAGAAUUGAGAAUCCAAGAUGGCAGAUUACCUCAACAUCCUUUGCUAAUGGAUCUGUUUCAAAAACUGAUGAAGAACUUCUCAAAGAGUAAUUUUAACCAGCUCUGAUUUACUGGUUUGACUUUUUUUCCCUUGACAUUUUCAGCAGUGAUAAUUUGAUCUCAUUAUAGUGAUGAGAAAUCAUACCUUUUAAAAAAGAAAAUUACCUCAUGCCAUAUAAUUGUGAAUUGUGGGAAUGGCUAUGCUUUUUCCUCCUUCCCUCUGCCAAGAAAUACUUUCAUUUCCUGAUAAAUUACUACAACGUGCUAAAAGCCCUCAAAUAGAGUAGCUUUUAAAUACAAGAAGGGCCACCUUUUAGGUACUUUUAUUUCUUCUUUGUUAAUUGGGGGGUGGGUGGGUUAGGAAGUCCCUCGUCUCUUUUUUUAGGAAAAACAUUCAAAUAUUGAAAGGAAUGCCCCAUCAACUGGCAAGAUCAUUCUGUAGCUUUGGAAGAAAGUAGAUAGACUUUACUUAUAAGAUAAUGCUUAGAGAUGGGUUUCAAGCAUUCUCCCUGAUGCCAUAUGUUUGUCACACCAUUUUUUCAACCUUACUAAUUACUAAGUCUGUCCCUGGACUUGAAACUCUCACAUAAAAGCCCAUUGGGGCAAGUUUUUAUUCAUCAACUGGCAACAGCGAUGGGAGAUCCGUGGUCUUCUAGAGAUGCUGCUGGACUACAAUGCUCAUCAGCUCCCAGAUAGCCAAGAUGAAUGGUGUUAUAGUCCAACAGGAUUUAGAAGGUCCCAGGUUCUCCAGCUCUGUAUUAUUCCCACUUUAAUCCAUUCCAACAAAGCUUGUGAAAAAGGUGAAAGGUCCCCUGUGCAAGCACCGAGUCACGUCUGACCCUUUGGGGAGACACCACUUUUGCGACGUUUUCUUGGCAGACUAUAGAGCGGGGUGGUUUGCCAUUGCCUUCCCCAGUCAUCACCUUCCCCAGCAAGCUGGUACUCAUUUUACCUACCUCGGAAGGCUGAGUCAACCUGAGCCGGCUACCUGAGAAUCCAGCUUCUGCUGGGAGAAAACUCGGGUUGUGGGGAGAGUUUUGGUUGCAAUACUGCCACUAGCUUAUGAACAAUAUAUACCCGGCUCUGCCAUCUCCAUUGUGAUGUGUUUCAGAUGCAUUGGAUUUCAACCUUCAAUUCCAGCUGGAGGUCUGGGAGCUUGAAUAUAAGAUACCUGGAGAACACUGGAUUAGAGAAGACUGAUCUGGUUUUUCUGGGUCACAAAAUUCAAUCACUUAACUUACAAUCGAGAAACAACUACGGAGAACAGAGUCUGAAUUUGGGGUCUCCUGUAUUGAAAACAUAUUCCCUUCCUCAUAUAGGACAACAUUUAUAGAAGUCUCACUCCCAGGGAGAUGUCUACUGCAGCACUUGGUCAACCCAUCUUGGAGAAAUCCUGACAUGACCACAGCUUCCUUGAUACUUAAUCAUGUGCAAAUGAUUCCCAUUUGAAACUGCACAGAAUUUGCACUUGAGUCCCCUGUGUGGAAAAUAGAAUCAGAGAAAUGGCACCCAUGUUCCCCGUGGUUUCUUUUGAUCUCUGAUUGCACUCAAACUUCUACGGAGACCUCCACCAAUUCUCUUAAUCAGCUGGAGAGGGAUCCUGAGAACCUUUGCAAACCAAAAAUGGGUAAAAUAUACCUUAGAGUUUUAACAAUGCAAAAUAUGUCUACCAGAAUCUUAAUUUUUGUAUAGAUAUGUGUGUGUUGCCUUAAAGGCA